GGGGAAGUUGCAUCACUCCGAAAUUUCAUCUUUCAACGUUCUCCCACGACGCUUUCUUGUCUUUACUCGUGUACUCACCUACCAACAAUCAUGACCUUUUCAGCCCAUUCCAUCAAGUGACAUUCUCGAACAAUUGAAUAGGCCACAUGGCAUCCAUAUCACAGCCAAAAGCCAAUAAAACAUGCAGUGAGUGCAGGAGGCGAAAGAUACGCUGUGACGGAAAUCAACCCUGCGGUCAAUGUGUGUAUUAUGAAAUUCCGGAUUGUCAAUAUGUUGUUCGUAAGCGACGAAGAAUGGCUUCAAGACCUCGAAUCCGAGGUCAUUACGUUGUUGAAGAAUCGACAAGCCCGGCUUCUGACACGGUGACAAGACAACGAGGACAAGAUGCACCCGACGAGUCUCACAGCAAAACUCAAGCUGCAAACAUAAUUCUAAGCAAGCUCUUUCCAACUCACUCCCCAGAAUACCUGAUGCAGCUCUCCAGCGCCGAGCUUGCCACUUUGGCCCAGGCUUCGAACUCGAGAUCGUCGGAUCAAUCGCCACUUGACGGUGAGGUCCCUGACAGCGGCGAUGAGCGCGACUGGAACGAAGUGCAGGAACAGGAAGAUCCCGAAUCACAGGCUUGCGAUGAUGUAAAUGGUUUAUCCCUUAACGCUCACCGCCGAUCAUUCAUGGGCAUAUCCUCAACUCGGGCCAUCCUCCGCGCGAUAUUCAGAUUGAAGCCUUCCAUUCAGCAGGAAAUGUCAAAAGUCUUUGAUCGCACCGACCCAGCACCUCUCACGCAUCUGGGCAAUCAUGACAAGGCGGCGCAGACCCCGCAACCCAUCAUCGAUGAGCAGAUCUGCAUCGAAGCAUACUUUGAGCAUGUGCAAGGGAUCAUUCCCCUGCUGGACGAGGAUGAAUUUCGUCAUCAUUGGAGCCAGGGUACUCGAUGCGACUCUGCCUGGUUGGCCUUGCUGAAUAUGGUUCUGGCACUAGGGGCUGUUGCUGGUGGUGGGCCAGGAGACAAGUCCGACGACUUUUACUAUUCAAGAGCAAAAGAACAUUUCAAUUUCGAAUUUCUCGGCAUUGGCAGCAUAGAGUCUUUGCAAGCCCUUUGCCUCCUUGGAGGAUGUUAUCUCCACUACCGAAACUCACCAAAUAUGGCUUAUGCGGUUAUGGGAGCGGCAUUCAGGAUCGCGCUUGCUCUAGGCCUCCACCGCGAACCUGUGAAUGCUGAUGGUAGUGGUCUAUCCACAGGCGGAAGAAAAGACGCCAAGUUAGAGACUCGACGGCGUAUAUGGUGGUGCCUUUUCUGCCUCGACACAUGGGGAGGAAUGACUUUGGGUCGUCCAACUCUUGGCCGGUGGGAUCCUGUUGCAAUGGACGUUUCUCUUCCUUCUGAAUUUAAAGAUCCUUUGGCUCUGGCCAUCUUCCUCACCUGCACUCAGAAAUUCUGUGUACUCGCCACCAGAAUGCAACAACACUUUGCUAAUAUCAAUACGUGGAACUGCAACGGUGUACAAGCUUUGGAUCAAGAGGUCCUAGACUGGUCCGAAGGAACCCCCUCUCCAUUUCCACCAGCAUGCGCAGAACGUCUGAUCACACAGCAAUACAUGAUGCAACAUAGGUAUUUGAAUCUUCGUCUCCUGCUCUACCGGCCGGCGCUGCUAAGCUGGGCGGCACGAACGGCACCAUUCAUCUCUCUUCAGCCUGAUGAGCAGUACGCCAUCCAACAGUGUCGAGCAAUCGCCUGCCAGGCGGUUGAUUACAUCGCAUCCAAAAUGCAACCUUUGCUCAAGAUUCGUAUUUGGACCGCUUCUUGGUACUUGUACCAGGCAUGUCUUGUCCUUCUGCUGAGCCUGAUCAUUGAGCCUGAGCAUGCCGAGAGCUGGACAUGGAGGUGUAUGAUCGAGAAGACACUAGACAUGUUUGAAACCAUGAGUCCGUGGUCUGUGGCGGCCUCGCGCUCAAAGAGAGUCGUUGCCAUUAUUUAUGGUGCAUGUCGAGCGCCGCUCAACGAUGGUUUUAACGACAUGUCUAACGUGUUUGAUGCUACAGCGUGGGACCAACUGACUUAUGACAUGUCUACCGAUGGAUGGCAUCCAGACAUGUUCAGCUUGGGGGGAGAUGACCUCAACAUGUUUUCGAAUUCAGCCUGAGUAAAAAUGCUUUAUGGGCUCGCCGUACGGUCUCAUCAGUCAGUAGCUGGCAUGAAAAAUUAAGUGGCUCCUGUGUUCGCACAGUCUCGUCAGCAUGAUCGAAGUGGCUUGGGAUUCGCCUGCCACCGAAUCGUACUUCUUGUUACGUCCCAACUUAUUAUGUACAAAGGGCAUCAAACACCUCCAUUGAUAUACUCCCGGAUACCCAUGUCAGUAGCGAUCUUGCCAGAGACAAGAAGGGAACAGGUCGAUCAUGCAUCGUGUCCUGA